AUGGAUCUAACCCCUCCUCCCGGCAUAGACCUGAAAGAAUCGAAGCAGGGCCAGCUAUAUGCCAUCUACACUGUGACAUACGCCCUAGCAGUGGCGGCGGUUAUCUUAAGAUUUCUAUGUCGGCUGAGUGUGAAAAGGACUGCCCUAUGGUGGGAUGACUAUAUGAGUCUUCUUGCACUGGUACGAAAGAGUUUUUGUGGUCCCGGACCCGGCCCCAUGGCGCUUCUUCACUAUUUGGCAAGCAUGCUAACGGAAAAAAUUGGGCAGAUAUUCGCGACCGGGAACUAUGUCGAUAUGAUGAUAUGGGUGAAACGUGGUGUCGGAACUCAUAUCUACCGAUGGGGCUUAGCCGGCGUCUCGCACUUCUACAUAAAUCUGUUUGUUUGCGAGAUCUUCUACACGCUAGCUUUAUGUGUGAACAAAUAUUCGAUCCUCCUCUUCUUCUGGCGGAUUUUCAAAAGUACCAGCAUUUCCAUCCCGAUCUACGUGCUGGCGGGCAUAAUUACGGCCUGGGGUUUGGGUGUGAUUCUUACCACUGUCUUUCAAUGCAUACCUCUCGAGGGUCUUUGGAACUACAAUGUUCAAGCGCACUGCGGCGUCGAUAUCAACAACUUUUUCAUUGGAAAUGCAGUACCCAAUAUCAUUACAGACUGGGCCUUGCUCAUUUUACCGCUUCCUUACGUGUGGUCGAUCCACCGCAAUACGGUACAAAAGAUUGCUUUAUGCGCGACAUUUGCGAUUGGAGGCUUUAUAUGCAUCAUUUCUAUUGUCCGUUUGGUCAUCAUGUUAGACGCCUAUAAAGUGCCAUCCAGUGACGUUACGUGGGUGUUUGUUGGCCCUUCAACUUGGACAGCUGUGGAAACGAAUAUUGGAAUUGUUUCAGCCUGCCUGCCCUCUCUUCGCCCUCUGCUCAGAAUGGCGACCCGUAAAAUGGGCUAUGAGGGCAACACAGAGGUUCCUAGCCAUAAGCUCGUCCCGUACUCUGGGUACGCAUCGGGGACAGGGAAGAAUGGCGAGAGAUUCACCAACAGCAGUCAACUCGAUGGUCAGAUUGAUGUGACUACGGAUCUGCGAGUCGAUUAUGGCCCCAGGUACAGCAUGAGAAGUACGUAA